GCAGUCGACACGUAGCGUGGUGCAGAUGCAUCCACACUCAGCUGACUUCAGCUCCACUGCGCGAGAAAUGAGUUGUUACUGUUGUGAUGUUGAGGCGAAGGUGGAAUGAGAUAUUGGUUUCAUGUAUUGGUAGUUUUCCGCUGUGUUCCUAUCAAUACGAUUGACUCGGCCAUUGCUGUUUGUAACUUGAAAUAGAAUUCUAUAAAUUUUACGUGUUUAUUUGUAAUUAAUUUAUAUUGCCACUUUGUAUGAUUAUUUUUCAACAUUAAACUGAAGAACUGCCAAUAAAAAAAUAGAAGGAACUCGCCGCAAAAGUGCCCGAUUCCGGUGGGAGCUAUCUCGGCUAAACUGUCGAAGGCACUGCGUGUCACGUGGUACUGUGUUUUAUUCACCGCCAGUCUGAACACUUCCCUGUGUGUGUCACAGUAUUCUGCGUUACAAGUGGAGUGAAAGACGUUAAAACUAAAAAGCUAAGAGGCACAGGGCGUAGUGUUCUUACACAAGCUCAACAGAUUCGGUUCCAUGGAUGAAGAACUGCAACCAGUUCUCAAGUACUACCAAGGUUCAUCAAUAGAAUCUGGGCUUGUGGCAGAUGCUGAUGGUUUCCACCUAAACAAUAAGAAUCUCACUAUAUUCAGUGGUGCACUUCAUUAUUUCAGAGUGCAUCCUUCAUACUGGGAAGAUCGCAUAGCCAAGAUUAGUGCAUUGGGACUUGUUGCGGUUGAGACAUAUGUACCAUGGAACUUACAUGAGCCUGAGGAAGGUGUUUACGACUUUGGAGAUGGAGACCGAGAAUUCUCUGCCUUUUUGAACCUAGAUUUAUUCAUUCAAAAGGUGUACGAAGCUAAUCUUCUAAUGUUGAUAAGGCCUGGACCUUACAUUUGUGCAGAAUGGGAAUUUGGUGGCUUACCAAGCUGGCUGCUCAGAACAUCAGGUAUCAAAGUACGAACUUCUGAUGAGAAAUACACUUCAAAAGUAAAAGCAUACUAUGAUAAACUACUGCCAAUUAUAGCAAAAUGGCAGUUUAUAAAAGGUGGACCUAUCAUUGCAGUUCAGUUGGAGAAUGAGUAUGGCUCAACUGGUGUCGUUGACAAAGAGUACCUGACAUUUUUACGUGAUCUGUAUCUCAGUCAUGGAAUUGAAGGAUUAUUUUACACAUCUGAUUCUCCUCUUAGCAGUGGUGAUCGUGGGUCUUUGGAAGGAGCUUUACAGACUGCCAACUUCCAAGUCAAUCCAGAGGAUCAGCUCAACAGGCUAAAGGAAUUACAACCAGAUAAACCAGCAAUGGUCAUGGAAUAUUGGUCAGGAUGGUUUGAUCACUGGAUGGAGAGCAGUCACUCAACUACAUCGGUUGAAAGUUUCCGUGAUGUCUUGGAGAGGAUAAUAACAUUUCCGGCAUCUUUUAACCUCUACAUGUUUCAUGGAGGCACGAGCUUUGGAUUCAUGAAUGGAGCAAACAUUGCAGAUACAUUCCCAACUUAUACUCCAGAUGUUACUAGCUAUGAUUAUGAUGCACCACUUUCAGAGGCAGGAGAUUACACAGAAAAAUACACAGCAGUAAAAGAGCUUUUGGAGCAAUACGCUCCCAGACAAUUCCUCAAGGCAGAUGCUCCAAAAGAGAGUGAUAAAGUGGCCUAUGCUGAUGUUCCUCUUCUUGGACAGCUGACUUUAGAUGAAAUUGUUGCACAAGUGGAUGCAGGAGACUGGGUUAAUUCAACAGAGAUUCUGCCAAUGGAAUAUCUUGAUAUCAACAAUGGCAAUGGCCAAAGUUAUGGGUUUGUGCUUUAUCGAAAGACUGGCGUAACAAUUGGAGAAAGCUCGGUCUUACAAAUUAUUGGACGUGUCCGAGAUCUUGCUAUAGUGCUUAUAGAUGGAGAAAGCAAAACUGACCCUCUUACCUCAGUUAUACAGUUAGAGGGAUUUGGUUUCUGGGAACAGAGUAAUGCCAGCACAACACUGAAUGCAGAUGGCAGUGUGCCACACACACUGGAUAUACUGGUUGAGAACUGGGGACGCAACAAUUUUGGAAGUCUUCUCAAUGACAAGGAUUUUGAUCAGCGGAAAGGAAUUGUGUCAGGACCUGUACUGGUUAAUGGGACAGCUCUUUCAGACUGGCAAAUAUUUGCUCUUCAAUUCAAGAAGAAAUGGUUACAGAGACUGACUGGAUGGCAACCAAUAAGUGGAGAAUCAGUUCAUGGACCUGUACUGAUUCGUGCCACCUUCAAUGUUGAUUCUACACCACAAGACACUUUCAUUGAUAUGAGUGCCUGGGGGAAAGGAUCAGUCUUCCUGAAUGGCUUCCCUCUUGGCCGCUACUUCAAUCUUGGCCCCCAGAGAACAUUAUAUGUGCCUGCUCCAUUGCUUAUCCAGGGGGAAAAUGAGAUACUCAUAUUUGAACUUUAUACAUCAGCUUCAAAAGUUGUCUUCAGUGAUGUGCCCAUUCUGGGAUGAAACAGAAGCAGACAAUAAGGUUAAUGUAUAACAGGCAGAAUAAUUUUCUAAUCUUUGUAACUGCAAGGGAAACUUUUUCUGUUAAUAAGUGUCAACAGAAAUUACAUUACGAAGUUCAAAUUUUUGUCACAUUUAUUAUGGUAUAAACAUGACAUUAUAAUUAUUGUGAAAUGUGAUUUGUUUUUCUCUAAACUUAGAAUUUUUAAAUAAUUUUAUUUGCCUCACAUGGGACACGACAUGUUUUAAUGAAAAAGAAUGAAAUGUUUUAUAACAUUUUACUCAAUUUGUUACAAAAUCAUUCAAUGUUACAACAUUUUUUAUGCAAAAGAUGUGUGAAAUGGAUAAUAAAAUAAUUUCUUACUAACAAAAAAGAAUAAUUUUAUUGUAUAACACCUUACUAUAGAAUCAUAGCUUCUACAGUGAAUAACUAAAUGUGUCAUUAUCCUCCUUAAAUUGUAAAACUGUACUCCAUCAACUAAAAUAUUAUCAAGCAACCUAGUCAGAGUCUUAAUACGUAUGUUAAAUAUAUUUCAGUGAAUGAUUAUGAUCCAAAUUUUUUUAAAUAAUGGGCAUUAUAAAAGUCUCUACUGAGUAACUCACAUCCUUAACAAACUUUUUUCUGUUGCAUUUACUACAUUGUAUUACUAAAUGAUUUUUUCACA